AUGUCUCAAGAUAAUCCCCUUCUUGUUAUUCCUGACAUUGCAAAAAAACUUCUCCUCCCAGACAUCAAACUCUCUGUGCUCGACCUAUUGAGCUUCAAAUUUCCAAAAAUCUCAGUAUUGAACAAGACAUUCCCCUCCACUUCGUUCUUCUCACCAGCUCUACCAAACCUCAAUGAUCAUUUUACAAGGCUACAAGACAUGCCUGUCCUGGCAGCCCCUGUUGUGAGGAUGCUCGCUGAAGACACUCUGCAGCACCUCUCCAACAGAGCUCAAUCAAUUCAGUGCCCGCAUGUAGCAGGGAGCAUUGAAAGACAGCUGCCAAUCUGGGUGCUCUCAUACUGGUUGCAGAUCUGGAAGAUGCACGACAAGGAGGAGACACAUGAGCUUAUUGGCAAGGUCAUGGAUGCCCUAGCAAUCCUACCUUGGGCUGGUAACAUCAAAGGGUUUGAGUCAGAGGGGCCAAUUUACGAGCUAGUGAGGUAUACCACCAAUGAUUGGCUAACUGAUGUCCAUGAAAGCCAGAUGCUUGAUUUGCUGAGGAAGAAGGUCCAUCAAACUCCAGGUGGUUUCAAGAUCGAGAUCAAGAACACAUACUUUUAUGGACUCGUCCUAUCAUCUGCAGAAGGAGACGAAACAGGCCGAUAG